AUGAAAGAGUCCACGCAAGAGAGCCCUUUUUCUGGCAUGGCCGCUAUGUCAAGAAUGUCAUCGAACUCACCUACCCAGGAUGCCCCUUCCAACAGUAACAUUGGGUCCAGCACUGGCAUAUCCCCCGUUGACUCCUCCACUGGGUCGGAUCAAUGUGUCAACAAGGCCUCCACCCGGAAGAGACCUCGGACAAGUGAGCCCCAGGUUGAUUCCGAUAAAAGCUCCGUUAAACGUCAACGCAACACCAUAGCCUCUCGCAAAUACCGGCAAAAACGUCUUGAUCGCCUUGCUGAUCUGGAAACGCGCCUUGAUAUAAUGACAUCCGAACGGGACAGCUUGAGAAUUAAACUGGCCAGGCGGGAGGCGGAAGUUGAUGCGUUGCGAAACAUUCUUUCUACGGGCCGUUGA